GCUUCCCCCCAAUUUUUACCGGGUAGUUAGUUGUGUCGGCCAGUUAAACCAUACCUUUAACUUACAACUAGAUCACCAUGAUAUUAACCAAAUGUACAGCCUUUGUGGGAGCAAGUCCACAAAUUACUACUUAAAGACAAGGGAUGCUCGGGUACGGCUGAUAUCGUGCCUACCCGAUUCGAACAGGAACUCCGCCGGGGAGUUUGUCAGGGUGCGCGGCAAUUGGUUUGCCGGGGAGAUCCCUUGCCCCCUCACACGGCGUGAAGUGGACGGCAAAGUGUUUACUCAGGACCUCAGAGCCGUCCACGUCAAGGACUUAAACUUCGUCCUUCGUUCCGAGAUCUUCGUGCACUGGGACGGGCAACUCCGGGCCUCACACCUGAUCCUCGGCGUGGAACCGGUUUACUCCACUUGGCAAUCAUUCAAGCAGGCGUUGUUAGUUGACAGCCCCCUGCUCUCGUACAUAGACGUCCGGUACGUGAACUUCUUGCCGCCGAAGCUUACAACCGGGGAAGCGAGGGAAUUUGGUAGGCGGUUCACUACCGCGGACGAACUAGUUCCCCUUCGAGACGAUUCCGCGGAGCAAGUAUCCCGGCGCCUUAGAGAGAGAGCCCACGAAGCUAUACAACAAGGGGACCAAGCCCAAGAGCAGGCCCAUCCCGAGGAUCCACCCGCCGAGCAUCAACAGCAAGUGACAGACGCGGCUAACCUGCUAGCUGAAGCGAUCCAGCCCGGUGCAAGCAUGGUGGCAAGGCGAAUAAUGACCCUAGACAGGUUCGUGCCUGGUGCCCGGCCGACCAACCAGCCCCCGCCUACCCAAGGUCGGGGUCUAGUUUCUCAACCUCCUCCAACCUCGCAGUCCGGACGUGCCCGGAAAAAAUAG